AUGGUCAUCAGUCCUAAAUGGGAUGACUAUAAAGAAGACGGUGUAGAGAGAGCAUCUGCAGUGAAGAAAAAGAUAUUAGAUGAGUUGUUUUGGGAGGAGCUUGAAUAUGCUUUAUCUUUCACUUUGCCCAUCUAUAGCGUGAUUAGAGCUGCUGAUACUGAUAAACCUUCUCUUCAUCUGGUUUAUGAAUGGUGGGAAAGUAUGAUUCAGAAUGUCAAGAGAGCAAUCUUCAAAAAAGAAAGGAAACAACUUAAUGAAGAUUCCGUCUUUUGGACUGCGGUGCACUUGAUUUUGACUUCUCGUUGGAGUAAGAGUAAUACUCCUCUUCAUUGUAUGGCACAUUCUCUAAACCCCAAGUACUAUAGUUCAGAGUGGCUUGGAGAAGAAGACAGUAGAAAAGCUCCACAUCAAGAUUUGGAGGUUACUAGAGAAAGAAAAAAUUGCAUCAUAAAGUAUUUUCCAAAUCAAGAUGAAAGGAGAGAGGUUAACGUUGAAUAUUCUAACUUCUCUUUAUGCAUGGAGGACUUUGGUAGUGUUAAAGUGAUUCAUGAUAGGAAUUGGAGUACAUACAAGUUCAUUCAUUCUGCUAUAAGAAACAAGAUUGUUCCCCAAAGAGCGGAAGAUUUAGUAUUUGUGCAUACUAACCUCCGUCUUCUAUCAAGAAGAAGCUCUUCUUAUAAAGAAGGCCCUAGCUGUAUGUGGGAUGUAGGAAGUGAUCAAUUUGAUUCGCUGGAUGAGAUUAAUUUGGGAAGACUUGAGUUUGAAGAUCUUUCUCUUGAUGAACCAAAAUUGGAAGCUGUUUUGUUUGGUGGAGAUGGGGAAAAUGAGAACAAUGAUGAGUUCGAUAUUUGA